AUGAGGUCGGUGGAGAGGGACGCGGUCAUGAGAAAGAGGCGCAGCUUGAUCUACGCGCAGAUGGCUCUUCUUUGGAUCCCCGAGUCAGACCACUUUCAAAUCGGUGUUCUGCACGCCUGGGAUGUGGCGACCUACCUGCAAAGGGUCCUUGUCACGAUUGAGUUGGCGAGUUUUCUGGAAACGCUUGCUACAGGGAGUGAUCCCGUCCGGGCACUGAAGCAACACUUGCACAGCUUCUGCGGGCAGUCGAGAUUCAGACAGCGACUGGUGUUCUUAGCCGACGGUGUGUCUCGUGCGGAAGAUGACUGCAUCUUGAGACCGGGCGAUGCGCAGCUCGUGCUUUUAAAGUUCAGCUCAACAUCUGAAGAGCAAGUCCAAGAGCUUCGGCGUGCUGCAGCAAGUGGUCUGACAUCAGUGGUAGAGACAAUUCUGCAGAAGCCACAAGACCCAGAUCUGGGCCAUCCAGGCCAUCCGGUCCCAUUGCUCAUCGCCUCCGCGCACGGCCACUUGGAAAUCGCACGCCUCCUGCUGGAGGCAAAGGCUGACAAGGACAAGGCGAUGGAUGACGGCACCACCCCCUUGUUCGUUGCAGCUCAGAACGAGCAGUUGGAGGUUGUGCGCUUAUUAUUGGAAUCCAGAGCAGACAUGAACAAGGCUAUCGAUGAUGGCACCACCCCUUUGUUCAUCGCAGCUGGAAGUGGGCAGACCGAAAUUGCACGUGUUUUGCUGGAGGCCAAGGCUGACAAGGACAAGGCUUGCAUUGAUGGUGCCACUGCUCUCUAUAUCGCGGCUCAGAACGGGGAGUUGGAAGGUGUCCGUCUUCUGCUGGAGGCCAAGGCGGACAAGGACAAGGCCUUGGCCUUCGUCGCAACCCCGUUGCUCGUAGCAGGUCAGCUGGGGUAUUUGGAGGUUGCACGUCUUCUGCCGUUGGCGAAUGUGUACAUGGACAAAGCCAUGCGUGAUGGCACCAGCCCCUUGUUGGUUGCAGCUCAGAAUGGACAGUUGGAGGUUGUGCGCCUAUUGCUGGAGGCCAAGGCUGACAAGGACAAGGCCACGACUCACAUAGGGGCCACGCCCCUUUACGUUUCAGCUCAGCAGGGGCAGUUGGAGGUUGCACACCUCUUGCUGGAAGCCGCGGCUGACGUGGACAAGGUGCUGAUCGUUGAUGGUGCCAGCCCUCUGCACGUUGCAGCUCGGCAAGGGCGGUGGGAGGUAGCAAGGCGGUUGCUGGAGGCCAAUGCUGACAAAGACAAGGCGAUGCAUGACGGCACCACCCCUCUGGGCAUUGCAGCUCGGAAUGGGCAGUUGGAGGUUGUGCGCCUUUUGAUCCAUGCGAAGGCUGACAAGGACAAGACCGCAAACAACCGCGCAACCCCCUUGUUUGCGGCGAUACAGAGAGGGCAGGUCGAGGUUGCGAGGCUUUUGGUAGAGGCCGAGACUGACAAUGAAAAGGACCCGAACUUGGCUGCCACCCGUUUGCAUGUUGCCGGCUGCACGGACGGUUGCAUCGCAGCUUGCAGGGGCAUAUGGAUGCUUCUUGCAUCUUGUUGGAGGCCAAGGUGGAAAACGAGAACCGGAUAA